UGAACCGCCCCAGACUAGACAGUUUCUACCUGACCGUGUACGAGCCAGUCCUUCCUUUUUCCGCUCUUCCACACUUUUGUCAAUUUGAAAUGGUCGGCUGGGGAUACGCAAAGGCAAACGGACCUGCCACCUGGUCUAACUUGUACCCCAUCGCUGGUGGUAGGCGCCAGUCGCCCAUCGACAUCAAGUGCACAGCCUGCAAGUCUGACUCCCACCUUUCCAAGAUUCAAGCUGUGUACAGCGGUAUUAAGGUGUCCGAGGUCUCCAACACUGGACACUCCUGGAAAGCCCAGGUUUCUGGGGGAUCCUCCAGCCUGAAGGGAGGGCCACUGGGUAGUGACGAGUAUGUGCUAGAGCAGUUCCACUGCCACUGGGGCAAGACCAAUGAUACCGGCUCUGAGCACACUGUGAAUGGCAAGAGUUAUGCCGCAGAGCUGCACUUGGUUCACUGGAACAAGAGCAAGUUCUCCAGUUUUGCUGAGGCUGCCUCAGCUGAUGGUGGACUGGCUGUCCUGGGAAUGUUUCUGACUGUUGGUAAUGAGCAUGUAGAACUGAACAAGGUGUGCAAAUUGCUCCCCUUCGUCCAGCACAAGGGUCAGGCCAUCACUGUUACUGAACCAAUCAAUCCAGCAGCAUUUAUCCCCAAAAAUGGUUCAUAUUGGACAUAUGCUGGUUCUCUCACCACUCCACCAUGCUACGAAUCUGUUACCUGGAUUGUUUAUGAAAGCCCCAUUCAAGUCUCACAGAAGCAAAUGGAUGCUUUCAGGGCUAUGAAGUCCUAUCACCCAUGUGAGGGUUGUCCUCAAGAUGAACUAGCAGGUGCACUUGUUGAGAACUACAGACCACCUUGCCCACUCUGUGAGAGAGUUGUCAGGGUCUUCAAGGAUUCAGCAGAGGAGGAAUAAACCUUGAGCAUGAAGUGUAAUAACAUUUUCAGGGCAUUGUAAAAUUGUGAAGGAUGCAAGAUACCUUUUGAAAGUGUUUAUCUCAUUGCUUUAUGGAAACUGACCCUAAAACUAUAAAAUUCUGUGAUUACUUUAUGCACAUAUUAAAAUCUAAGAACAUGACAAUCAAUUAAAUGAAGAUAAUGUGAAUUAUUCCAGUGGCAGUGACAGUCACAUGAAGAGUGAAGAUACAGAUGCCAAGAACCUUGUAGUACAGUACAGUACUGUAUUGUGCUUUGCAAUGUGCAGUCUUUGCUUUAGUUAUUGCAUGUCUAGAAAAUAUGUCAAGGAUAUUUAGCAUGCUCAGAUAUUCCUGUAAGAUCCCUAGUGGUUAACUUCAUUAGUUUCUUAGGAAUUUGCAUGGUUAUGUAGUUUAAAUGCACUAAAGGUCAGGUAAUAGAAAACCGGUGAAAGAAUUAUAUGCUGAAGAUGACAAUAAUAAUCAAUCUUUUACCUUCAGCAACAUUAGAUGAUUCUUGGGUUGGUGAAGAAUUUACCAUACCAGUCUGUAGUUGAAAAAAGUUGUUACAAUAAUUGUCUUCCCUGAUUUAAUUGUUGGAUGCCAAAUACUGUUAAAUAAUUUAUAUGUUAAAAUAAUACUACCUAAUGAUAAAGUUUAUAAAACAUUUUCUUUCUGGAGAUAUUCAUCACACACAAAGUGUAAACGAAAGAUGAAUGUAGACAUCUGUUAUGCAUUGCAGAUAUCAUAAAUUUGAUUUUUUCUCAAAUUUCUGUAAAGCUUUUGUUUUGUAAAUACAUAUUAUUAGUAUUGUUUACUGUAGAUGUGUUGCUAUUCAUUUUAUUGCACUAUCAUUGCAGUGAUAAAAUAGAAAUUAUAUUGUUCUAUAAGCUCGUGGAUUUCUAAGAAAUUCAGGGAGAUGGACGUUGUUAGAAAAAGUUUAUAGAGAGGAUUUUAUAUCCUAAAAUUUUCCUGCUUUAUGGCUUGAUUAUUUGUAAUUAUGACCAUGUUACUAUGCAGGAUAUUCCAGUUCCUUUUUAAGCAAGUGCAGUGUAUUCUUUAGUAUUUAUGUAGGUUCUUUUGUUGUAUAUGUUAACUUAAAAGUCAUUCCUUGUAUUCUAUUUAAUUAUGCACUAAAAUAUAAAUCCUGUAUUUUGAUUGGAGACGAACAUCUUGGUUCUGCAAACACAUUUUGAUUGUGAAAUCUUUAACUUGUUGAUUGUAAAUUGUUCUUGUUAAAAAUGGUGUGGACCUUUAAAUUUAAUAUAUAUUUUCCUAGUGAAAUGUUUUAUCAAAAUAAGCCUUAAUCUAAUGAGAUAACUGGAAGUAGAUCAGUGGAGUUCAGUGAUCUUCCUCUCAUUACAAAGUGAUCUAACUCGAGGGAAGUCUGUUUAAUUAUUGUACUGUAUUAACAUUUAAAUCAUAUUCCCAGUUUCAGAAAAUGUAAAAAACUUAAGCUCAGAAUAUUCUUACCUAAAACAAAUAUAUAUAUAUAUAUAUAUAUAUAU